AUGGUGGCCAUCCAGAACCGCGGAGAGAUCUCCCACCUUAACAGCAUCCUGCCCAGACAGGUCAACUAUUACUGGAUAGGAUCCGUAAGGUGGACGACGUGUGGACCUGGGUGGGGACCAAGAAGACCCUGACUAAAGAGGCAGAGAACUGGGCAGACGGAGAAACCCAACAACGGCGGGGAAUAACGAGGACUGUGUGGAGAUGUACAUCAAGAGACAGAAGGACGCGGGGAAGUGGAACGACGAGUCGUGCACGAAGAAGAAGACGGCUCUGUGCUACACAGCCUCGUGUCAGAGCCACUCAUGUACCAUGGAGAGUGUGUGGAGACCAUCAACAGCCACCGCUGCGAGUGCUUGGAGGGCUUCUACGGAGAGCAGUGUGAACACGGUAAGCAAGCCCAGGACGACGUAGUCCAAUAAUCUAAUAAAGGCAGUAUGAAACCUUACUGCAUUCUUCUAUCACAUUCAAAGUUCUCUUAAAUGUAACUCCUUGCCUGUUUUUUUUUGUCGGCAGCUGUCGAAUGUAAGAUGGAGGAGGUAACUGUCCCUGAUAAAGCCAGCGUCAGUUGGGUCUCCCCCCCAAAGGGAAUUUCUCCUUUAAACCCCGAGGGAGUUAUUUCCCGUGAGGAGGGGGACCGGCUGAGCAGCUCCGGGGGGUGA